AUUGAGAUUUCAGUUCGCUGGGAGACGAUCGCCGAACGAGACCGUAGCUGAGUUUUCAUGUCGCGCUGUGGCCAGACAUAAGAAAUAUAUAUAUUCCUAUAUAUAUUCAUGUGCUACCAGCUGGCAGUGGCAGUUUUGAGUGCGGCAAGACGCGUCAAGUGAAAUCGAAUUAUAUAAGAGAAGAAACAAAUAAGGAUUAUCGAAAUUACAACGAGACGGCAACUACACUGCGAAAAAAUAAACAAAGAUGUCGACCUCACAUUUGCUUAACAAGAAUGUUCGCUCUAUGCCCUCAUGGGUGACCGAAGCGAAUGACCGCAUUGGACCGAAGCCACCGCCCACGCCUCCAAACGGAGUGGCUGGGGGUCUUCCCAAGGCUCCUGUCCUGCCGCCCAAGGCAAAAAACACGCCCGAGCCCGAUUACGAGAUCAUCGAGUUCUCAAACCAGCAGUACUCCAACGAACCGAUGAAGACCACAGUGAUUAGGACCAAGACACCAGACAACAAACUUAAGUGCACGCUGUGUGGUUCCCAGAAUCCCUGGGUGACCUGUGCCGAGUGCGCGGGUCAGAUAUUUUGUGCCUCCUGCGACGACAUGUUCCAUAAGCACCCGAAGCGCAAGCAGCAUGUGCGAAAGGCCGUGGAACAGGGAACGCCUCCGAUUCCCCCCAAGGUGCAGCCGGGUGGCGGGGCACCUGCCCCUGUGGCUCCACCACGUCGCAGCAAACGCGGCCUGCUGACUCCGUUCCUGGGCCGCAAGGAUCAGAUGCUGCCACCGCCCUCGCCCACGCCCUCUCACAAAUCGCUGAGCGGCUGGCGGGGAUCGUUUGGGGGCGGAGCCACGCCCCCAUUACCACCAAUUGCAAACGCCACUACCACCACCAUCACCAACCAGAUGAACAACCGACCGCUUCCGGAUCCACCACGCAGCGAAGGCGGGGGAUCUUCCAGGUCUGGUACCCCCAAGUCCGUGUUCGACACCAUCCAGCGGCCGCCGUCGGUGCAGCUGGAGAAGAUCAAGAGCAAGGCCAGCGCCACCCUGGACCGCAUGGCCAUCCUGCAGCAGCGGUACCGCCAGCAGAAGGCGCGACAGGACCUGAGUGCCAACAGCGAGCAGCAUUUGUCGAAUGGAGCCGGCUUCGAGCACUGGUCAAACAUUUCACCAUCGCCCUCGCAUUUUCGUUCCGGCAGCAUGUCAUCCGGUUUGAACUCAUCCCAUUUCGAUCUCUCGGAUGACUCACAAUUUCACAAUUCCUUGCUGCUCCAACAACGACAGGCAGCAGGCGCCCAGCGGCGGCAGAUGAGCACCUCAGUGUUCAACCUGAACACCAACCCCCGACGAACAUUGGCCGAAACCCAGAACGGCAGCGCAUGGCUCACCAACCAGCGCAUCCAGCAGGCGCAAUCGUUGGCGCAGCUAAACUGCGCCGGCUGUCAGCAGAGCCAGCAGCAUCCUGGCUGGGCCCAGCACCACCAGCACCACCAUCAUCCGCAGCACCAGCAUCCCGACCAAUGGGGUUCACAGUUCGGCUCCCAGCAGCAGUUCAACAACUCCAACCUGUCGCUCAACGUGGGACCGGGCUACAUGUCGCAGCAGCAUCAUCCGCACUACCCGCCGCCCGUGUUCAUGACCCAGCGGGGAAUGAUGCCCAACAUGUACCCGGGUGGGCCCGGCUACCCCAUGAUACAUCCAGGUGUCAUGGGCAUGCCGCCGUCAGCCGCCUCCAGAGCCGCUUCCCGUUCUCGGUAUGCCGCCUCCCCGACGCCCAGCCGCAAGUCCAUGUCCCUGCGACGCAAGCGCAACAGCUACGUGGAUGACGAGCUGACGGACGACGAGGACUCCGACCAGGAUGACCGCAGGUCCUUGGUCUCCAAUCGUUCGGGCAUGACGAGUGCCUCGCGCUCCCAGCAGCACCACCAGAGCCACCAGCCCCGUCAGCGGCGCCUCUCGAGUGCCUCCCAGUUGAUGGUCGGCGGUGAGUUGGACGGCGACCAGAGGCACGGGCUGAGGCAGCACAAGGUGCGGGACCGCCGGGGAUCCGUGGCCAAGUCCGUGCAGAGCGAGUGGCUGCCGGAGAGACGUGACACCAACGACGGAACCCUCACCAGAAGCAAGCCAGCCCAGCCAGACUCGGCCCGGACCAGUCGCAUUUACUCCGACCUGGAGUCGGAGGGCUCGGGUGCCCGUGCCCUGGUGCAGGCCAAGAUCCAGCAGAAGCUGCAGGAGGCCGAUCAGCACAGGUCCGCCAAAAAGGUCGACCAAAGACGAAAGCCCGAGAUGAAGGACGAGAACACACAGGCCGCGGCGGUGGUGCACAAGGUGACCACCGCAGCGCAGGAGGAGAGUGCCUCCGAAUACGAGGAAGUGGUCGAAGAGGUGACCGCCUCAGAGAGUGAGGUCGAGGCUCCAACUCAAGCCCCCGAUCCCCAAGAGGUCCCGCAGGAGAUUGAGUCCGACGAACUGGGCCCGCCGCCUUCCACGCCAGAUCACGAGUGGGAAUGCGAGUUCUGCACGUUCGUGAACGAGCCCAACAUCAAGAUCUGCUCCAUUUGCUGCAAGACCCCCAGCAAACCUCCGGUGCAACCCACCAAGGCCAAGCUGGUGGAGGAAAAACCACAGCCGCAAGCUGCAAAACCCAGUGCCAUUAGGGUGGUCUCCAAGCCGGAAGUCAAGCAAACGCAAAAGCCUGUCCUGAAGACCCAACAGUCCAGCGAAAAACCUAAUUGCACCGCAAGUAGUGCGACCAAGUCGAACCACGUCACCAGCAGAAGCUCAAAAAUAUCACCCACUAUUAACUCCAAGAACGCCUCGAGUAUUCCCGUCAAGACACCCGCGAAGUCAACACUGAAGACUUCGUCGGAGAACGAAUCUGAUAACUCACUGGCCAAGAGCCUAUUGCACAAAGAGUCCGUUGAAAACAUUUGGAAUACUCUGGAUGAGAGCAUACAGGCGCAGGCAGAGAAGGUACUCAAGAAGGCCCAGAAGGUCUCCACCGGGUGCGGGGGAACUCCGCCCCGGGAAAUAGCAGGCGUGGAAAUGGGGACCUCGCCGCCUCCUCAGAGUAUUUCCACACAAACCUACGACGCCCUGCCCUUUAACUCAAAGCCCGAGGAGACCUCGACAGGUGGCUUAGAUCGCUUUAGGACCCCAGAACCGAGUAAGAUGGAGCCACGCCCACACUAUCGCAGCAACUCCCAGCUACCGCAGGAAAACGAGCGGUAUCGCAGUGCCAAUGACCUGAGGUACCACGAUGGCAUUGGCUUGGAUCCCUACAGUGCCGGUCUUGUCACCAGACGGCCCAAUUUUAUUAACGAGCUGCGCAUGCUGCAACAUCAAACCUCUUCACCCUUCGACAUGCCCCUUGAGACAUUCGGCGUAAAGCACGAACCGGCCAGAGACCCGGAAACGGAGAUGCACAUCAUACUGAAGGAGCUGGAGCUGUACAAGUUCUCGGUGGAGGAACUGGAGGCGGCCCUGAAGUACUGCUCCCCCGACACGCAUCCCAUUCAGUGGUUACGCGACAACUGGCAGAAACUGGUGCAGACGGUGCAGAGUCUGUCCACUAAGUACGGUCAGGAAAGGGGCGAGAACACGAUCGGGAGCGUGUCCCAAAUGGAGGCCCGCGAGGCCCUGCGAAAUUCCGGGGGCAAUGUGUGGCAGGCGGUGGCAGACUGCAUCCAGCAACGACAGCAGAAGUACAGGAAACUGGCGGCCAAAGGCAACUUCCUGCGGGACGACAUCGUAAAUGCGCUGACGGCGCACCAAGGUAAUGUGGAUCAGGCGCUGGUGGAGCUGAAUCGCACGCAACUCAAGCCAUUUCUAAUGCGCAUCUGGGGCUCUCCGAAUGGCGUUGAGAAUGAGAGUGGCGCGGCCAUUGACACCAAGUCGGAUAUCCAUGACUUCCUCAACACCCAUGCCCUGGACUGCCUGCAGCCCCCGUUGGCCGGGGAGAGUCCCAAUCCCUUUGACCCACUGCGCCCUGACGACAGCCCUGUCAAGUCCACCUACGCCACGCCCAGUCCCUAUCAAAUGGAGGACAGCACCCUGAAAAACUUGGAGAUACUCAUCGGCAACAUGGAACAGAACCAGGCCAAGCAAAACCAGGAGGUGCUGCGAUCAAUCGAGAGCAUGCUGGACACCUUCAAGGGCAAGCCGGAGCUGGAGUACGAAACGGAUCCGGAGAUAAUGCGUAUCCUCACAAAGAGCCCCAUCAGCACGCUGAAGCCUGCUGGACCUCUUGAGGAUAAGUCCACCGAGGACGUGAAGAACUUCGUGUGGCAGCACAUUCAGGACAUUGUGCCCAAUCUGGUGCAGCAGGUUGAACAAGAGCUCAUGGAGAAGCCGGAGGUUACUGUUUCGGUUCAGGAAAGCCGGCCAAAGUUAGUGGAGCCUGAACCAGAUCUUGAGCCUGAACCGGAGACGGAGACGGAGCCCACACCCAGUGUAGAUCCAGCGGUCUACAUCAUGGAGGAAUUUAUUAAGCCGAAUUUAAGGGAAGCCAGCAUACGCGAAGAGCUCCCACCAAGUUUUAUUUAUGCCACAGAGAUAGCCAACUUCAAGUUGGAGUUUGAUCGUGGCACUGAACGAUGGCACGAGGCGGAGUGGGAAAGCAAGGAUCUUAAGGAUGCAGAACGUAUAGUAUACAAAAGCUAUAUGGCUCCAAAAGAGCCAAAUAAAGAUGAGGUUCAAGAGGUAGCUGUAAAAGGAUCAGCUAACUUGCUGCCAGCUGCGAAAAUACAGGAGGAAUCUGCUACAGAAAUCUUAAUCAACCCACAAAAGACUGAAACUAGCGAAGUAACAAGCCCACAAAUUAAAGCUUCCCCACAAUUGGAAAAGGAGGUGGUUAACGAAAAACUUUCACUACACACAAAUCUAGAAACUUCAGCACCUUCAGGAACUGCAGAAAUGAUCGUUAAAGAAGAAACCGCACAGCCAGUAAAGAAAAAUGAUAAAUCUAAUGAAACUAGCAUGAAAGUUGAGCUAAAUUUGUCAGAAUCACAAGCUCAGAUUGGUGAAAACCUUGCACAACUCACCAAUCUAGAAACACAAACAUCAUCUAUAACUGCAGAAAAGAUUGUUAAUGAAUCAAUCACACAACCAGCAACAGAAAACGGUGAACAGAUACCUGAUAAAAAUAAUUUGCAAAUUCGGGAAAAUAAAUCAGAAUUACAAAGCCAAAUCGAUGAACGGCCCAGCACAAGUAGGGAAGCCAAUAGAAGAAAUAACCGAUCCCAGCAAUCGAAAAAAGCCAGAUCGCGGGAUCAAAGUCAAAAGCCAACUAACCGCGUAAAACUACCAAAAGAUAAGGAACCGAAGGAACCAGAACCUAAAAAAGAGCAAAAAGAACAUCAUACGUCAGCUGAAAUAAUUGAGAAAAAGGAAUCCAAAGAAGAUGAUGUAUUCACUGAUACAAAACCUAGUUUAACUGAUAUUCAGUCUGCUGUGACAGCAACUAGUGCUGAAGCUCUCUUGUCCCCUAAAAACGACAUUCAAUCUGAAAAAAUAGCAAAGGAAUUGGUUCCCAAUCACAUUUUGGAUAUUUCCUCGCAAGACAACAUACCUCCACCACCCUCAGAUGAGUCCGAAAAUAUAUUGAUACAAAGUGAGGUAUCAACUGUUCAGGGACAACCAGAAAAGGACCAAGGGAUUGCUGGAUCUUCAGGCCCGAAUGAAGUACAGGUACCCAAUGAAUCCAGUAUUGAACACGUUUCUCUGCCAAGCAACCUUAUCAUUUCGGAACAAUCUGUAGAGACUACCAACAUAACGGAGGUAACUAAAGCUGUUACACAACCUCAAGAAGGAUCAAGUAUAGAGAAUGUGUCUUCAUCAAGCAAUUUACCUGAAAACGAUAGUUCAUUUGAAUCCGUCAAGACCAAUGAAGUUACUGUGGAAGAAACUCUCGCUUCCACAAUCCUUUCCUCCUCUACCACAAACGAAACACUAGUAACUGAUAGUGUAGAUAUAGCACCUAGUACCACAUCAACAGCCAACGAGUACAAGCGAAGUCCGAAGCGUUUUUCAAGGAUUCCCGUGAGAACCUUGAGCAGCAACAGUCUGCGAAGUGAGAGCAGAGCAAGCAACCGUACUCCAACAGCAACUGAUGAGAUCGAAUCGGAGGAGACCACCAGUGAAGAUCACGUUAAGGAAAGCGACAACUCUGUUGUCAGCCAGGAUAAUCAGUCUGAAAAGGAAGUCGCAGAAAGUGCUGUCCAACCAAAAACUUCAGAACAAGAAGUGCCUACUCCAAGUGCAACAGCUAUAGCCCUUACUCCCACAGACUCCGAUGAAGUAUUCGAGGAUGCACCCGAGUUCAGCAGCAGUGAAGGAACCAGACCCCACGACGAAGGCGCUUCUGAUGCAGAGCUCUAUAGCCUGGACAGCGAUGGUCAGCGGGCAGAUACCAAGUCCCCGGAGAACGAAGUGCUGCUCUUGCUGGAGGAGCAAUCCCUAAUUGUCAAGUCCAGCAGCGACGCUAGCAUUGGUUCGCAGUCAACCCAAUCGGAAACGUCCAAGGUUGUCCUCAAGGAGUUUAUUCCGUCCGGAGAUCCGGCCAAGCAAAACCUCAGCGAACUGGUCGAAGACACUCAGCGGCUGAUCAAACAAAUGCGCGAUGAGAUCAGCAUGGAUGAGUUCGAGUCCACCGAUGAAGACGAGUACUCCGACGAGUACUCGGAUGAGUACGACGAGGGCGAAGAGGAGGAGUGGUACGACAGCGAGGGCGAAGAGGAAGGCGACUUCGAUGGGGAGGGGGGCAAUACUUAUGGCGAGCACCCUUCCCAUAUAGAGGAUGCCUCCACCGGAGACGAGGGCACCGAGAUCGAGGACAUCAUGGAGGAGGACGAGGAUCAGCCGGAUGAAGUCGAGCCGCAAUCCACACAAAUCGCACAAGUCAUUGAGCCAGUCAUAUCGCCUACUGUAUCAGUCACGCCCACCAACACAGAAACUGAUUCGAUCGCACUCGCUGAGGUUGUUUCCUCCACAGGAAGCAGGAGCCUGGAGGCUCCUCAGUCGCAGACUUCUGAAGUGGAGCUGAGCCCUGUCCCUCGUACUGGUCAAGAGGAGGUGGAAGUACCACCUGUCGUGAUUGAGUCCGAAAGCCGACCUGCGGAACAACCUACUGAACCUGUGCUGGAAAUUCCCUUAGAAGUAGAAGAACCCAUUGAAUUGGAACCUGUGGAAGAACCUACUGCCCUGCCCAUAACACCCGGACCCCCCAUUGUCGAUUCCGAGUCCCGACCCGUGGAACUGCCCGUCGAAUCAGUACUGGAAGAGCCCAAAAAGGUAACCCCGAGCGUGAAAGGCAAAACUGGGGCCAACGGAACCAAAACAGCAAAGUCCACAGUCAGUAAAAUCCCCAAGCCCACCAACGAACCCACUAACAGCUCGAGUAGCACCACAACCCCAAACAAGAAGGUUCCGAUGCGCUCCAAGUCCUUCUCGGCGCCCAUGGGCAUUUCCUCGGUGAAGCGCAUUCAGGAGGUCUAUCUGCAAAAGCAGAGCUCAUCGAUUGGGGCCAGUCGAGUGCCGCUGAAGAGCAGUCCGACCACCAAGAAGUCCAUCAACGAUGCCAUCAGCAGGUUCAACUCUAACCACGCCGAAGGACCCAGCACCAGUGGAGCGGCGGCGGCGGCGGCUGCAGCGGCCUUGCUGAAGCCGCGAUCCCAGCCCCGGAUUCCCAAGAAGAAGUACCACGAGACCUGCUUCUCCGACGACGACUACGAGACCUCGGCCACGGAGGAGGAGCAGGAGGACCAGACCGGCCUCGACGAACCCCUGAAAGCAGAACUGCUAAAGCGUAAGCUGAGUAUGCCCGUCUUCCGGGCAUAUCCUAGUGUUCAAGAGCCUGUUAUUGAGGACCCAGCGAUCCUGGCACGGAAGUAUGUGGACCAGGAACUGGUGGCCAACAUCGCUGAGGCCCAGAUAGCCGCCACCUUGGUGAGCAUGAAGUUUACGGAGGACGUGGCCCUGUGGGCGGCCAGGGAGUGCUCGGACCUGGACCAGGCCAUCGCCAUGCUCCAGCAGGAGUGCGAGCUGUGCAUGAACAGUUUUCCCAUGAACCAGAUCGUCUCCAUGCUCAAAUGCCUCCACAAGUGCUGCAAACAGUGUGCCAAGAGCUACUUUACCGUGCAGAUAACCGAUCGCAGUAUCAACGACUGCAGUUGCCCGUUCUGCAAGUUGCCCGAACUGAGUAACGAGGCCCAUCAUGAGGACGAGCACCUGGAGUACUUCUCCAACCUGGACAUCUUCCUAAAGAGCAUCCUGGACAGCGACGUGCACGAGCUCUUCCAGCGCAAGCUGCGCGACCGCACCCUGCUGCAGGACCCCAACUUCAAGUGGUGCAUCCAGUGCUCCUCCGGGUUCUUCGCCAGGCCCAAGCAGAAGCGUCUGAUCUGCCCGGACUGCGGAUCUGUCACGUGUGCCCAGUGCCGGAAGCCCUGGGAGCGCCAGCACGAGGGCAGCAGCUGCGAGGCGUACCUGGAGUGGAAGCGCCAAAACGACCCCGAGCUGCAGGCCCAGGGCGUCCAGGAGCAUUUGGCCCAGAACGGCAUCGACUGCCCCAAGUGCAAGUUCCGCUACUCGUUGGCCAGGGGAGGUUGCAUGCAUUUUACCUGCACCCAGUGCAAGUUCGAGUUCUGUUACGGCUGCGCCCGACCCUUCAUGAUGGGCGCCAAGUGCACGGUGUCCCCGUACUGCGCCAAACUCGGUCUGCAUGCCCAUCACCCGCGCAACUGCCUCUUCUACCUGAGGGACAAGAUCCCCAUGCAGCUGCAGUUCCUGCUCAAGGAGCAGAAGGUCAAAUUCGACACGGAGCCCAUUCAGAGCCAGGACGAGUCCAGCAGCUCCUCCAAGGCCCGUGCCCAGGCCCGCUGCCCCAUCCCGCUGCAGAAGGAGACGCCGCAGGGCCUCGUCGAUACGGUGUGCAACACCGAAGUUCCGGAUAAGCACGCUGGCAUGUGUCGCACUCACUACGUAGAGUAUUUGGCUGGCAAGGUUGCCAAGGCCGGCAUCGAUCCGCUGCCCAUCUUCGAUCUGACGGACUGCGUCCAGGAGUUGCGUAGGCGUGGCAUCGCCCUGCCAGAGCGCGGACCCUGGGACACCGACGAGAUCUACAAGACCAUGUGCUCCGAGGUAAUUAAACAGCAUAUUCCCCUGAAGUCGGCAUAAGCGGCAGCAGAAGAUGGGAUGCCUGGAAAGCGGUCGACUGUUGCAAUUCUUCAUUGGUUUUCAUGAUUUAUGGCAAACACUUUUAUAGACAUUUUUAUACACCUACAUGCCCACGAAGCGAACUCCAGUCUUAGGCAGUUCUUGAGACACUAGGCAUUGCACCCCUUCAUCGACAGCCACUCAUCGCCCAGUAGUCUUUCCCACUUUGUUUAGUUACUAAGAGAUGAAAGUCCAGAACAGACCAACAAUCCGCACGUGUAACAAAGUGCAUCAAUAAACCGAACAUGUGAAAUACAA